GGGGGCAUGGGCUCUGUGCUCCAGGCAGGAAAGGCAGUUCAGUGAGGGGAAAACUGAUCCUAACGGGUGGGUGAUGGGUACCCCAGGAUUGGUCAGGUGACAGGCAUGGCCCAAGUGGUCAGAAAGGCUGGAACCUAAAGUGUAAAGAGAAGGAAAGGGCAGGGGAGUUCCUGGGGACAGCCAGAGGGAGUUUUGGGUGGGUUUAAGUAGGGGGUCAUGGUGCCUAGUCUGCAUGUUCUGUCUGAUGGCCAGCCAACCAUGAUGGUGUAGGCUAGGUCCCCUGUUCUGGGGAGGCCAGAGUUGUAGCCAGAGAAAGUGGGGCCAUGACUCUUGGGUUCUGCCCCAGCCUUUAGCCUUCAGCUUUCCUCCAAUGUGGGGCAGGACACCCUGGAACCAUUACCUCUACUGUCACCUGAGUGAGUCACCUGAGUCAGGUAUAAGGGAUGGUCUCCAGGUGACCUGUGCCAUCAGGUGAGUAUGGGACAGAGACAAGGUGUAGCUUACCAGUUCCAGGAUGCAUGGCUCCCCUAGCACUCUAUCAGCCCCUCCCUGCCCCAACACUGUCCUCCUUCCUGGCACAGCCUAGCAUGGCUGUUGUCUACAGGAGGAGCAUCCUUGUGGUCUGAGGAGAUAACCAUUGUCUGGAGACCAUGCUCUUAAUCCCCAGCCUGGCACUGAGCCACCUGCAACCCAGCAGGAAAUGACCAUGGCUCCCAGCCUGACUUAGCUGAGCCUGGAUCCUACAUGUAGGGAAGAGCUGACUCUGAGCCCUGGCUCAUCAAAGCUGACUCCUACCCUAGACCCUACACACCAGAUAGAGUUGAUCCUGAGUACCAGCCCAGCCAAGCUGACUCUGGAUCCUGCAUGCCAGUCAGAGUUGACCCUGAGAUCCAACUGGCCACGCUGACCCUGGAUCCUGCACACCAGCCAGAGCUGACCCUGAGCCCCAGGCUAGCUGAGCUGACCCUGGGUUCUGCAUGCCAUCCAGAGAUGACCCUCAGUCCUGGCUCGACUGAGCUGACCCUGGAUCCCGCACACCAGCCAGAGGAGACCUCAGCCCCCAACCUGGCUGAACUGACCCUGGAGCCUGUGCACUGCCGACCUGAGCUCCUGGAUGCCUGUGCCGACCUCAUCAAUGAGCAGUGGCCCCGCAGCCGUGCCUCCCGCCUGCAUUCCUUGGGCCAGUCCUCAGACGCCUUCCCCCUCUGCCUGAUGCUGCUGAGCCCCAGCCCCGCACCUGAGGCAGCCCCCAUCGUGGUGGGCCAUGCCCGCUUGUCACGGGUGCUGGACCGGCCCCAGAGCCUCCUAGUGGAGACAGUGGUGGUGGCCCGGGCUCUGAGGGGCCGUGGCUUUGGCCGCCGCCUCAUGGAGGGCCUGGAGGUUUUUGCUCAGGCUCGGGGCUUCCGCCGACUACACCUCACUACCCAUGACCAGCUGCAGUUCUAUGCCCACCUGGGCUACCAGCUGGGUGAGCCUGUGCAGGGCCUAGUCUUCACCAGCCAACGGCUGCCUGCCACCCUGCUCAGGGCCUUCCCCAGAGCCCCCUUUCCCCGGCAACCCUGCAAGGCUUCUAGUCUGACUGCCCAAACUGCCCCAAGAGCCCCCAAGGGGCCAUCAUUGCCGCCACCUCCUCCCCUGCCUGAGCCCUUGACCACCUCACCCCCACCUCCUGCAGGGCCCCCUCCACAAAGCCUGCUGGAGACACAAUACCAAGACCUGAGAGGAUGUCCCAUAUUCUGGAUGGAAAAAGACAUCUGAGGGCUACCCAGGACAAGGCACUGUCCUUCAGGGUUGAUGGACUGCCUAGGACAGUCUGGGCCUCAGCCCAUUGGCCAUACCAUAGUCCCUAGACCCUGGGAGCAGCUUUAGCCUGGCCAUGUUUCCUGAGUACCAGUGGGGCCAGUAGAUGGCUUCAUGGCUGUGGCUCAGAGCUGUCAGUGUGGCUGAAUAAAGGCUUCUGUUGGAUGUG